AUGGCUUGUUCAUUAUUCCUCGGGUGGCCAUCGAAUAGACUUCCCACUUGGCUGAAGAGGAAUUGUGGCCGCACGUCUCGACCGCUCUCUAAACCACCGAUGUAUGUAGAUCGAAUCAUACCGGUCAACCUCCCUUCCCUUACGAAAGCGUCGAUCGAGGCCGGAUUGGGCGACGGGAGAUUGAGCCUUGCGACCACCGCCAACACUAACGACCCUCGGACGCCCUGGGGUUUCUGCCUCGAUCUCAUCCCACUACUGUGUAUGUGUGUGCCCGGAAUAUUAAUAGCUCCCCGUAAUUACGAUCUCCUGGGCCUGGGACCGACCCCAAUGACGACAUUUGAACCCAUUUCCAAUUUCCUUCCUCAAUUCAGCUCCCUAGUAUGUCGACGCUAUUUACACCCGCUGCAGCUAUCCAUGCUUCAAACUUCGGGACAGGCGAGUUCUACUAUCUAUCGGUUCUCCUGGACGGAGGAUUCUAAUGCCUGCCGCGACUCGUUUAGCAACAAGAAAAAGAGAUCAAUGCUUUAG